UUCUAACCCUUAAAAUGGCGGAUCAACUGAAGAGAAUUCUAUGCUCAACUUGUGCAAGCACUUUACUGAGAAAAGAAGCGACUGAGAGUGACAGACAAUCUUCCCCUUCAUUUUUAACUCGGCCAGUAGAAGAUAAAGAUAAGGAACAACCUUCAAAACGUCCAAAAUAUUCAUCACCACCAGAUUCACCUCCACCUCCUCCCCCUGUGUGCCAGUACUGUACAGGGCUACUCUAUGACUCAGUCCAGUCUGAUAUAGUCAGUAAAGUGGUUGAUGAGCUUAAAGGAGAGGACUAUGUGGGUCUGACUAGUUUCCAGCUAUGCAUCAGUCUCCCCCAGUCCCUGCUCCUCCAUCAGAAGCUAACAGAACUAAAGCUCUGCUCCAAACUACCGCAAUAUUCCAACGCUUUUAAAGACUCUCUUAAAUUCAAACUAGCCAAAGAACUCUCGCUAAGAUUGGGCCUGUCCUCCGAAAUAGAUUCUCCUUUUAAGAUAUCUUUACUCUUCACUCACCUCCAGACAGAAGAGGCCUAUGUCCCUUUCCUGAAAGAAAGAGGCUGUACGAAAGUAACAAAACUAAGAAAGCAAUCAAAAAUAACAUACACUCACGACAUUGUUAAUAAAUCAGUCGAUGGCUUAAACGACAAAGAAUUAGAUAAGUACUUUCCUGAUUCUCUUCCUCAUCUCUCCACUCUAACAUCAGUAACAGUCCAGCUCUAUCACAAGCCAGUCUUCAUUGGAGGCCGUUACAAUAAGUACUCUAGGACCCUCCCUCAGUCUCCUUGGGUUAUUGACGGAGUCAAAAAGUCCGAGUCUUCAAUACAGGAGAUGCUCACUGGAGAAACUGAGAGGAUUUUUCGACCCGACACAAUCAAGUUCUCAUCUUCAGGACGUGAGGACAUUGACGUUAGGAUGUUAGGAACUGGUAGACCGUUCAUGCUAGAGCUAGUCAACCCACGACUCCUUGAGUAUGAGGAGGAACAGCAGGAGCUGCAAGAAGCCAUUAACAGCAGCACUGAUGAAAUAUCUGUGAGGGAAUUAAAAAUGGUUGACAAAAAGACUAGCUCUAUCUUAAAAACGGGAGAAGAAGAGAAAGAGAAAUUGUACUCAUCUCUGAUAUGGACCAGUCAAUCCAUCACUCCACAAGACUUGGUUUUCUUAAACGAGGUAUCUAACCUGACGAUAAGCCAAAAGACUCCGAUAAGAGUCCUUCAUCGAAGGUCUCUGGCAACAAGACAAAGACUCAUCUACUCGUUAAAAGCGAAAUGGAUCGACUCUCAUCAUUUUCAAUUGGACCUCUCCACACAGGCUGGUACUUACAUCAAGGAGUUCGUUCAUGGAGAUUUAGGACGGACUACUCCUAACCUGUGUGGCAUGAUGGAGGGAAGAGUUGAUAUCAUUGCACUGGAUGUGAUGGAGAUUAAACUGAAGUGGCCUUUGUGAACUCAAAUAAAUAAAUAAAUAAAUAAUUGAAAAUAAUAUCAUUGAUACACUAUAUUU